AUGGAUUUUCCAAGCAGUGAGGGCUUAGAUGAGAAACAGAGACGUCUACUACUGGAGGAUCCGGGCGUCCACAAGCUCGGAAGGAACACCAUAGCUGUUCUGGAAUUCUUGGCUCCUUUCGUCUUCCAAGUAGAGCAAAUGCUGUAUGGCAAUGUUAAAGAACUUUCAAAACUGGAAAGAAUAGAAGUGGAAAAUUCCAAGAUUGAAAUUGCAAAAUUCUUGAUCAGAAUACUGGACUACCCGUUGGCGAGGACAGAUCUGGCAUGGAAAGAGACGGAAGAAGACUCGGACAAACCAAGAUAUAAAGCAGAUUUCAGAUUGUGUGCAGAACAAGCAAUGACAUACCUCUCUAGGCUGCAAUUCAGCUUCAACCAACUCUUGUGCUACGGUAAAGAAUUCAAUCUGCCUAUAGCGCCCUCAUCGGAGGCUGAUGAUCUAGGUGAGGAUGACCCGGGUCCUGGAGACAUCAAGGGACUUCCUGUUCUAGGUCUGGGUUGCUUUGUUUAUCUAGUCAAGGUAGAAGAGCUCAGAGAGGACAGACUACCGAAUGUCUACAGCUCUGAAUAUCUGCUACAACUCACUAGUGUGUACAUUGCAGCCUUGCUAAGGAGACCAGAAGAGGAACCCGUCCUCAAAGGCUUGUCCUUACUGUCCUUGCUGGUAGAUGGAAUUGAGGAUGCAGCACUACAUCACAGACUCCUUGACAACACGUUCUAUGAAGACCUCCCACAAAUGCUAUCCGUUGUCAUGGUGAUGAGUCCUCUCAACACCAUUAGGCAAGCAGCACUUAGAGUCUUCUCCGUAUACAUUCGUAAAUUUGACUGGAAGGGGCGCUACAGGCUGCUACAGCUACUGCUGAAGAACACGGUCCACUCAGGUGUCUGCGGAAUGGUCAUUGGUAUGGUCAAAGAUAAUGUCCAUCACACAUUACAGCACCGUGAUAAUGAAUGGUUUGUUGGUCAGCGGUUAGGGGAUCUCUUCUCUCUCAUCUUUUCAUUACCAAAUGGGGCAGAGAGUGACAUGCUUGAAUUAUCAGACAAGGUGAUGGCCGCUCUCAACUGUCUACGAUUCCUCCUCCUGAGGGACCCGGUGAGUGUGAACGAGACCGGUAUCUGGUCCCACAUACCUCACAUCGAGCAGGGCUUCAUCGCACCCCUUCACACCGGUAUCAAACUAUCCAUGGCGCACUACCAGGCCAGGAUGACGGCCGUUGUCAAUGAACACAAGGCUCGAGGAAAGAAUAAAUCAGCCGCCGUUCCUACUUCCACUUUGACCGUGGCUGGUCAUCAACUCCCAGUCAUGCCCCCAUCUCAGCAAAUGCAUGUAAUGAAGUCAGCAUGCCAUACCUAUGAGCUGAUGCAGAGCAUUGUGGGACGGGUGAGGGACAUCCUAUCUGCCAAUGAGAGGUCGUCAGAACCUCAGAGGUCGGAGGUCAAAGGUGAAAGCAUGAGUUGAUCAAGAGAGAGCAUGAGGACAGUCCUUUUCUGCUAGCUGUAAUAAUGAUGGAUUCAAUACUCUGUUUUGGGUCACGAAACAUUAUUAUCCAAGGUCAAAGGUGAAAGCAUGAGUGGGUCAACAAGACAGGGUCGGAACAGUUAUUUUUUGCUUUGCUGUUGUCAUGGUGAAUGCAAUACUUCAAAUGGAUUACAUGACUUCGCCUAUGUGUCAUAGGUCAAAGGUGAAAGCAUGAGUUGAUCACGAGACAGAAUUAGGACAGUCAUUACAUGUUUUAUUAUCAUGAUGUAUUCAAUACAAUGACUGGAUCAAGUGACAUUAUUUCUAGCCACUUUUAUAUUGGACAAAUAUCACAAUAGCGUUCAUAUUUCAGAUGCCAUUGAUGGAUUCUAAAACAAAUCAACUGGGUCAGAGGCUGAGUGGCAAGUCUUUUCAAAUCAACAUUAUAUUGGAGAAGUUUUUUAAUAAUCUUCUAAAGCCACGUUUUGUGGGUAACAUGAGCACGGUGACAUUGUAAGACCAACAUUGGCCAUGCUUGUUAUUGUGACAUUAUCUUAACAUAAUUUAAACAUAAUCUAAAUAUAGCCCUCAAGAUUUGUAAGCAUUGCACAUCAAACAAAUGUCUUAAUAAUAAAAGAUACCAGGAAAAUGAACUUCCACUUCCAGUCAUAUAUUUUCUGAACUUUUUUAUUCUGUUAAGAGCCUAACCGACUUUUGAAAACAACCGACUUCAGGUCAACAAACACAAGUAAUUUAAAACACUUUGAUAGCUAGAAAAAUAAAAAUUUGUGAAGAGGCUAAGAGACUUUAUAAGCCAACCCGCUUCAGUUCAGCAUUUAACAAGAGUAAUUUAUUAUGCGUUGUAUUUACUCAUCUUAGAGAAAUGAAACCUGCAUUUAGGCCUAAUGCCAGGUGUAUAUUUCAAGGAUGGUCAUGUGAUGUCAUGUAAUAGUCAUGUGAUGUCAUGCAAUAGUCAUGUGAUGGACUUGUAAGGGUCAUGUAAUGGUCAUCAUGGUCAUAUGCUGAUUACCGAUCCAACACUUGCUUUGGCGACAAUUGCUCCAGAUUUUAUUUCCUAAAAAGUAAAUGGUUAAGGUUAGGUUGUAGUCGGGUUUCAGGUUAGAUUUAAGAUUAGGAUUGGGGUUAGGUAUAACGUUGGUUUUCAGGGUUGAAGAUAGGAAAUUGAUGAGUGUAGGAAAUAACUGUGAAGUAAUCAUUGUAGGAGCAUGUGGUGUAAAACUAUGCUGAUCAGUUGCUGAAAUUCUACUUCCCUGAACCUUUUAUGGUAGGAAUUGGCCUCAUCAAUAUUGUGGCAAAUGAAACUUUUCACCUUUGUUUGGUACUUUGUAUAUUGUGCCCCAAUUUUUUGAGGAAUAACCAUUUUAAGGGUAUACAAUCAUUUUGAGAGUAAACGAUCAUCACUUAUUUCAUCAUUGUAUUUAUUUCUGACAGACACACCAGAACAUUCCAUUCAACAAAAAAGGAAAUGACUUCCAGUUUGUAUGUGGAAUAAAAGCUUCAUAGAGGAAACAGAAAA